AUGAGCCCUGAAGAUGUAGAAAUAUUAAAAUCCCUAGAAUUUCCUGCAAUAUUUACCAACACAACUAUCUUCCACCAAUGCAUCUUACCAGUCUCCUCAUUUUUCAACCUAUUCACUCUUUAUGUCAUUAAGACUCGCUCACCUAAAUCUAUUGGAGCUGUCAAGAAUUAUAUGAUAUGGCAUCAGCUAUGCAAUAUUUUCACUGACGUAUGGAUCACGGCUUUAGUACGACCUAAUCUAUUUUAUCCGUUCUUCGUUGUUGUGACCAAUGGUCCUUUGAACCUGUUAAUGACACCGAUCCUCCAAACGAGCAUACUUAUUGGCGCUCUGCAUUCUACUGCUUGUGUGAUUGUUAUAACAUUGUUUUAUCGAUAUCAAACGUUAUUACCAUUGGGUCACUUCUUGAAAAUUCGGGAUGAGAUUCGUAUUCAUCAAGCUGCUGUUAUCGUUUUCGUCUUUUCAUUCCUCAAUGGAUUUUUUUCAUUGUAUGUACUGAACGUUGAUAUCGAGAGUGAAAAGGCGUACUUGGUUGAGACCCAUCCUUUUCUCAAGUAUAUUUUUGCGUAUAAACACAUUUAUUGUAGGAGGCAUGAUAACUUUCUUCUCCUCUUCACUUUGAACAUCGUUGUCAUGUUCACCUUUUGUGUCAUGAUAACUGUCACGAUGCUUCUAUUAACUUUCACAAUAACUGAUAGAAAUGCCAGUGCCAAGACGAAACGGAUGCAGAGAUUUUUCACUUUGAAGCUAUCAUUUCAAUUAGUUCUACCAUUAUGGUUCCUGGGUAUACCUGGUUUCUACUUAGCCGUUUCGGUGUUGGGUAAGAUUUAUACUCCGUAUAGUGGAAUUUGCAACAUGGGUGCUGUUUUUGCCGUCUCAACUCACGCGUUGGUCUCUUCAGUAACAACAUUGUUUUUUUGGAAGAACUAUCGCAUGUUUGUGGUUUUCCUCUUCGUAAACAUCUUUAAGAAGUUGAAAGGCAAUUCAGCUUUCCCCAUAUUUCCAUCUCAUCAACCAUCAAGCAAUAUGCGUUGA